CAAAACAAGACAUUUGAGGACGUCACCUUUGCUUUGGUGGUUGACACUUAUCGCAUUUUUUUGACUUUUUAUAGACCAAACGACUAAUCAAAGGAAAUAAUCAACAGAUUUAUUGAUAAUGAAAAUAACCGUCAGUUACAGCCCUAAUUUACACCUUUGACCAAUAGCAAGCCUUGAACUUUGAAGGAAAUGGAGGGUUGGAGAGUCCAAAAUUGAGGAAGCUAUUAGCCUUUUACUGUGUUUACCAUCCACUUUUAUCUAACCUCCACUGUCAGGGUUUGAACUGCUUCACAAAAGAGGAAUGGUUUACAGACAAUUUUGAGACAGGAAGGUAGGAUCACCAGUAGCGACCAAGCUAACAAACCUAGCAAGCAGUUAGCAAGCUCGAUCGCGUGAGAGCAGUUUUUCCUCUUCAGUAAAACUCUUUAUUGAAAGAAAUGAUGUAAAAUCCUGAGAAUAAAAUGACUAGGCGCAGUAAACAGCACAGUACAGAGAAAAUAGCAUGUUUCCAGGAAGCUGGCACAAGCUACAGUAGUUAGCUAACCAACUACCACUACCUUGCAAGUAGUCACUGUGUCACCAAGCUUCAAUAUUUCUUAGAACACAUGAAUUUCACUGUGCAUGUAGAUACUGGUGUGACAGGUUCAGAGGUCAGCCUGGUGAGUACAACAGUUUGCCUUUAAUAUGCCCAGUUUGACUCCCAUCUCAUACUAGUAACAAGUGUUGACAUUUUAAUCAAACAUACAUAGCAGCUAUAAGAUAGAAAACAACACAGCUGUGAUACUUACUUCUUGCCGGUUGCAGAAAUUGCAAAAUCUAAUAGUUAUCUAAUCUAAUAGUCUAAUAGUUGUUGCUUGUAGAUGAUGCACAUAGGCAAAAUUUUUGCUGCUGUUACUUCUCUUGUCAAUCAGUGCUUUGACAGGAGUUAACCACCUUGCUGAACCUGCUACUGCUGCAACUCUGAAAUGGGAUAAUAUUGCCUUUAUCCAUACAUGUCGCUGGUAAACAAUAUACAGUAAUUAAGGUCAAAGUUUCUACUAUAGGCCUAUUUGAUUUAAGUGCAAAAAACAGACUGAUAACUGGAGUUUUCAACAUUUUAAGCUGUUCAUAACUAACAAUGGAAACAGCCACAAGGCAACUAAUAUGAUUUUGUUUAUAAUUUUAAACUGCAGAAGACCUUUCCUCUUACACAGGUACUUUCAGGCCCUCUACCUGAAUGUGGUAGAUGGAAACCUGUCUGAAAAAGUCUGACUGCCUCACAGCUUCAAGCCUUGUCUUAGCAAGGAAAUUAUAAUUAAAUUAGUGGAGUAGAGGCCUGUUGUAUUAUUGAUGGGCUUUGGUUUUAGAGUUCAGGGUUUGUCAGUCAAAUAUUCAAGCUGACCCGAGCUCCUCAAUUGUAGGAAGAAUCGCCAACUCCAUUAUGCAGUCCAGUGCUUUCCAGUCAAUCAAUUCCAUCACUUCUCUGGCCAUAAUUUUUUCCUUUUUUCCUUCUGCACAGGUAUUAAUCUGUACUGGUCUGAGAUCUGCCCUCAUGGAGGCACUGCCUGACAAACUGCAUCAAUGCAGAAUCCAAAAUUAGCUCUUCUAAUGAUGCCCUGUAGAAAUGUGUGUAAACUAAACACAGCACCAAAUAUAGUACAGACGACUGAUACUCGAUCAAUUGUUCAGAUGUCAGGUCAGAAACAGCAGCACAAAGUCCAACUGUUUCAGGUUUUCGGAUCCAGACUGCACAAGACAACAGCAUUUUCACUUUAUCAUUGGCUUGAAUUUACAUGACCACAUAGGUUCGUGACUAGUAUUUUAACUAAAGAGACCAUUGAUAAAAGUACUUCAUCCAUCAUGUCAGCUUAGGCAUUUGGUUGGCAAGACAGAGGGCCUGUAUCUGGCUUUUUUCCAGUCCACAUCACUGUCAUUAUUACCCAGAAAAAAUUAGUCUUAAUUGAUUUAUCUGAAUUUGAGGAAAAACACCAUGUUGAAUUAGUAGAAAGAAAACUGUGAUUGCACUACUGAUAUAUUUCUAAUAUUUUUUCAUCAUUUUGCAGCUUCUGGCAUUUUACAGUUGUCACAUUUUGCCACUAGAUGGCAGUGUAUAAAUAUGAGAAGAGCCACAAGUGCCAUUAGGUUUUCUGUCUUGAAAGGUUUACAGCCGCUAGUCCUUGGACGGUGCUGUUACUGUGGGUGUUAUCAUGUCCACGUAUGUUUCCUGGAAUUGGAGAAUGGUCAGGCAGCAUAUAAGGCAUAACUGUGUUUUAGUCGCUCAUAAUAAUAUAGGUGGUCUAUUGUGUCUAGCAGACUGAUGAAAUGGGAUUUUAGCUUCAAAAACAUUGAUUGAAAUGCCAAGACUAUACCAUCCCACUGAGAUGCCUGUUGUACAUACGCAUCCUUCAGGGUGCAGAGUUAGACAAUCUAUGUUUGUAUCCUGUAUAUAAAAAGAGUAAAGGGCCAGUCACAUCACUGUCACACCAAGUUACACAAUGCCUACUGCAGUGUAAGCAGUUGGGUGAGCAGAGAGCCAGGGCUGUGGUGUGUGGAAAAUGCUAGUGGAGGCAGACAAUGCACUGGUCCGAGGCCUGACCAGCCCUCAGAGGGACAGGGGUCGCCUCACUGCGACAACAGCCCCUGUCUCCCUCCCUUCUUUUUCUUUUUUUGAACUGCCACAGCAUGGGCUCGGGGAGGACGCUGAAGUUCGCCCUGUGCGAGGUGCUGCAGUUUGCAGGCCUGUGCGUGCCACUCUUCAUCGUCAUGCAGAGGUUCGCCGUCAUCGUAGCAAAGGUCAAAACCUCGGCGCAACCCCCCGGUGACGGCAGCACGGCCUACUGGUUGAUCGUGGCCUCCUCCAUUGCCUAUGUCACCACCACCGCCCUGCUGGUCUGGGUACCCCUGAAGUAUAUGGUCUUUGUGAAAAAGAAGUUUCUCAUUGGGAGGAAGAAGUGGAGGCCUGUGGCCCUCGUAUAUGUGAUCCUGUCCACAUUACCCUGCUUUGCCUUUCUCAUCGCCAGCUCUGAGGUUCAGAUAAAUAACAACAUCAAACAUGAUACAUUCACGGAACUCCCUGUAUCACUAGUCCUCUUCUCUCUCAUCUGUAUUGACGUUGUGGAAAGGAUACGCCACUGCAGACUGACGGGCCAGGGUAGUGACAUGGAGAGAGAGACUGACAUCCCCUCCGCUGUCCUCACACACAUGGAACAGGUAACACCAGUAACACCUGUCACACCAGCUGUGCCGGGGCCAGCUGUACCGGGGCCAGCUGCGCCCGGGCCAGCUGCACCCGGGCAGGCCCAGCCCACUCCCGCGGCACCCGGAGCAACCCAAAUUGGUGACAGAAACCAGAACGGAGCUGGGGCUCGACCAGAGACCAAUGGAACAGUUCCAGGUGUACCAGGUAAUGCGGGAAGACCAUUUAGUAUCUCUGGAUUGAGCUCACGUUCAGCGAGCACCACAGCGUACCGCAUAUCUCCAUACGCCUACGCAGGGCCACUGCGGUUCCUGUGUGCCAGUGAUGCCCGAGCUGACGUGUUUGUGGACAGCUUUAUGUUCUGGAUGGAUACAGUGGAGAUGGUGAGGGUGGCAGGACAUCCCCUGGUCUACUACUCAGGCUGGGUGUUCCCCAUCUAUAUCUUCAGCUACCUGUCUUGCCUGCGUGUGGUGGUCAUGCCCCACAGCCCCCUGCUUUCCUCACUAGGAGUGGCCCUGCAGGAUUUGCCCUUCUUCUUUGUGCGUAUUGGCCUCAUUGCCUUCUUUGGCUUUGUCACACCCCUACUCUAUCUGAUGAAGAACCUGUUGGUCUGCCUGGCCUUCGUCUAUUUCAACUUCAUGACCAAGCUGAGGGUCUUCAACACAGAGAGGAUGUUCUUUUGAGAUCAACACUUGAGGCAAAGACGGCGAAACAUUUAAAGAUGUGGUAGAAGUAAUAGGUUGGCACAAUCAGGAAAUGUAGGAUACUAGGAGUCAGGAGCCGGUAGCACCAGCUCUCUAUAACUUCAAACUUAGCUUAUAACGUAAGCUUUAAAUGGAUAUUUAAGCAUCACUAAAUUAAAAUGGGUCACACCAAAUAAACCUAUUCUUACACAGAGAUUUGUUACUAAAUAUUUAAACCCAGUAACUGCCAGGUGUAACUGUUGCGUAGCUAACUGAACUAGCUAACUGACAAAAUUAACGUUAGCUUUCCAAUAUUAGUUAAAGAGUGAAAGAAUUAAAAUGAAAAUUUAAUGACAUCUGAAACUUGAUCAAAAUGCUUUUUUAAAAAUGAAGACUGGGAAGAUUAAAAAUGAAUAUAUUUUUUAAAAAGAACAAUAUACCUCUAAUUACAAAAUGUUAUGCUAACAGUUGACUAAGCUAUAGUGCAAGUUACGUUAGCAUAGGCAAGGCAAGUUUAUUUACAUAGCACAUUUCAGUAACAAGGCAAUUCAAAGUGCUUUACAUAAAACAUUAAAAGUGUUGGGACAAAGAACAAGAAGCACAUCAUAAAAUGACAUUUAAAUACAUGAAAAAAGUCAUUAAAUAGCUAAGAGAAUAGAAAACAAAAAUAAGCUAAAAUA